UCAGGUGACUUAUGCCCCGCUGGCACUAAAAGUCUAGCCGGUGUGGGGGCGCUGGUGCAGUUAGAAGCUGCUCCUGCCUCCCGUGUGGGUCGGUCCCCUGAGCCUAAGAGGAUCCAGUGUCUUUCUAGCUGCCCUGAUGUCUUUACUCCCAGGUAUCUCAGUCUUUGGGGCUGGAUGACUUUUAUUGACCAAGUGUUCGAGUUCCUCAGUCUACAUUCCAUUCCUAUGGAAUGAGAGAGAAGCCAGUUGGGCCUGAUUCUGCAUCUGAUUUCACCAGGAAAGCCCAAACUCUGCCCUGGGGAACAAACUUGAGGAAACAGGCAGAUAUGAGGAGCAAACAGUGACAAGAACCAGCAGGAAGCCUGAGGUCACUGCAUAGACACAAGAGAGCAAUUCCCCAGAGAGUCAAGUUCUUUGAAAUUGAGGAACAUGAUAAGAAGGUGGCUGAUUUUUAUCCUUUUCUCCCUGAAGCUCAUAGAGAAAUGUGAGUCCACAGUCGCCCUCACUGUUCCUUCCACUGUGAAGCUGGAAAAUGGAAGUUCAACCAACAUCAGCAUCGCUCUCCAGCAUCCAUUAAACGAAACCUUGGUGAUCACUUUUGAAGUCACAUUUCGUUCAAAAAAUGUUACUAUCCUCGAGCUCCCUGAUGAAGUUGUGGUGCCUCCUGGAAUGAUAAAUUCCUCUUUUCAAGUGACAUCUCGAAAUGUUGGACAAGUUACUGUUUACCUCCAUGGAAAUCAUUCCAACCAGACCAGCUCUAGGAUAAUCUUCUUGGUGGCCCACAGUAACCUCAUUAGCAUCAUAAACCAGGUGAUUGGCUGGAUCUACUUUGUGGCCUGGUCCGUCUCCUUCUACCCUCAGGUGAUCAAGAACUGGAGGCGGAAAAGUGUCGUUGGCUUGAGCUUUGACUUUGUGGCCCUGAACCUGACAGGCUUCGUCGCCUACAGCGUGUUCAACAUCGGCCUCUUCUGGGUCCCCUACAUCCAGGAGCAGUUUCUCCUCCAGCACCCCAAUGGAGUGAACCCCGUGGACAGUAAUGACGUCUUCUUCAGCCUGCAUGCGGUCGCCCUCACCCUGGUUGUCCUAGUACAGUGCUUGCUGUAUGAGCGAGGUAACCAGCGCGUUUCGAGGCCUGCCAUCGCCUUCCUGGUGCUCUCGUGGCUCCUCGCCCUCAUCGCCAUGAUUGUGGCCGCAGUCGGGGUGACCACUUGGCUGCAGUUUCUCUUCUGCUUCUCCUACAUCAAGCUUGCGGUGACGCUGGUCAAGUAUUUUCCACAGGCCUACAUGAACUUUCGCUACAAAAGCACUGAGGGCUGGAGCAUUGGCAACGUGCUUCUGGACUUCAUUGGGGGCAGCUUCAGCCUCCUCCAGAUGUUCCUCCAGUCCUACAACAAUGACCAGUGGACACUGAUCUUCGGAGACCCAACCAAGUUUGGACUCGGCAUCUUCUCCAUCUUUUUCGAUAUUGUCUUCUUCAUCCAGCACUUCUGCUUGUACAGGAAGAAACCAGGGUAUGAGCAAAUGAACUAGUACCCAGAGAUGCAGUAUAAAUGGACAGAGGCCCUGUGCCCUGGUGGGGAAGGCUGCACCAGGAAGGCUGGAGAAGUGGCCAGAGCGCGUGGUAUGCCACAAUGGAGAAGCGCUCUCUUCCUCAGGACCUAACGCCUUAAACAUAUACAGGCCUGCCUUCUUUCAGGACUCUCCCUGGCCGGGAAGGACCCCCCCCCCCACUCCCCUGUGCAACAGACACCUGACUCUGAUCCAAGAUUAAAAGCCAGACUGCUGGCAGCUCCUCCCAGCCUCCCCAGAAGUCUUAGCCCUUCCUGGGCCCUUCCGGCCAGACCUGUGGCCCUCCUGCAACUUGAUGCCACAUCUCUAUUUUCUUUAAGGCUUUAAGGCAGCACGCACAGAUUCUGAGAACCAUCCCAGGCA